CAUGACUGGCUGCGCGUGUAAUUUAAGCGGCUGGUCCUGAAUCAGUGGUGUACUGCUUCAUCUCCUGCUAAUAAAAGAGCUCUGGAGCGUUCCCCUGCCCCGAUUGGACAAAAACGUCACGUGACAGCAGGAACAGUAUCGGAGGCGUUUUUUAUUUCGUUAUGCUCGUCUAUUACUGUGCGUUGGAUUAACAAGUGUGUUUUUGUUUGUUGUUUUUUAACGUAUAGCACGGGUGUGAUCAAAUUCUCUUGACUUUAAUUGAAGGGUGCCGCCUGUUGGGGGAUUUUAAGAAACAAUCGGGUAUCAUUUGGAUGUCACCUUCGGUAGGAGACUGAAAGCAAGGCGGCUCGACCAGCGCUAUUACGGUAGACAACCACCGCCAUCUCGUGGUGUGAUUCUGCGCUGCAACAACUCUCUAAACCGGAAGUUAACGCCGGAGGUCGUCAUGGGGAGCAAAGUCAGUUCCAAAAUGGCGGCCCCCAGCGCCAGAGUAAUUCAGGUCGUACGACCUCAUGCUCCACUUAUCAAGUUUCCCAAUAGAGAAGGCCUCCCACGGCCAAAUGUUGCAGAAGCCUUGAAAUCACUAGCAGUUAACUUUCCCCAACACAACGCCGCGCCGCCUCAGAUAGCAAAAAGUCACGUACCUUUGACCCCGAUCCCCGGCUCGCCUGACACCCUGGCCUCCAUACAAGUGCUGCCUGCGAGGUACCGACGGAGACCGAUGACUGUUGAGGAAAUGGACUUUAUCCAGCGUGGUGGACCAGAGUGAUGCAGCUCCCUACAACGACAAACCCUCCAGCUGUUCUUCUUUCAACCUGUUCCUUCAGCAUAAAAACGUUUCCACUCGAUGUACAAUAAAGUAUUUA